GGCGGUGCAAUGUUCGACUUCCUAAUCUUUACUUCUUGCUUUCUACUGGUUUUGUAUUUGCUGAUAAAAUGGGAAAUGCAUUACAAGAAGUACAAAAUGUUAACAAUCUCAGGGCCAAAGCCUUUUCCGGUUAUUGGGAAUAUUAUAUACGAAAGUAUUUUGGGUUUGAAUUUCGAUAAAAAUCCGGAGGAAAAUUUGAGGUUUUGAAAUACCAUUUACAAAUAUAUGGACGUUUGCAUGGACCGAACUUUUUCUCCAAUCAAGAGAAACGACGAAUUUACAUCCGAUUACAAGAAGCAGCGUCUUCAAGAGAUAUGCAAUUUCACCGCUGCUGUCGCUGAUAAAAAAGAGGCUGGCAAUGAAGAGACAAAGUUGUGAUGAAACCUCUGGAGAUUCGGAUUUCGGUAUUAAAAAGAAGUCCACUUUAUUGGAUAUUUUAAUGGAGCGAUUCAAAGAUGAUUUACCAUACGGUUACAUCAACGAAGAACUCGCUUCGAUUUUGACUGCGGGACAUCACACCUUGACGUGCUUCCUUUCGAGUAUUCUUUACGAGCUCUCCAAGCACGAGGAUAUCCAACAAAAGUUAUUCGAAGAAGUCUCCAGUAUUAUUGAAAAUGUUAAUUGCAUUAGUACUCAAAAUAUAAACGCAUUGCUAUAUAUGGAAUGCGUGGUUAAAGAAGGUCUUCGAAUGUACAGUCCAGUUCCUUUCGUAGAACGCAUAUUGGAUUGCGACACGGAAUGGUAAAUUGAUGAGAAUAUAGAUAUUUCUGCACACCAAAGUUCU